AUGGUGCACCUCAUGGUCUUCCUCUCCAUGUUUGCCACCAUAACUCUGACAUCAGAAGCUCAAUACGUUCUUCCAAUCACAAAAGACGAACCCACCAAACAACUCUACACCACUCUUAACGCACCAUCCCCCGUUAACCUCCUCCUCGACCUCAAAACUGACCUCACGUGGCUCAACUGCCGCAAACUCAAACCUUCACCAACACUUCGCCUUGUCUCUUGCCAGAGCUCCACCUGCAAAUCCCUCCACGGGAACGGCUGCGACGGUAAAACUAAAACCUGUCUUUACCGGCAACCAACCCCUCUCGGCAUAACCCCCGUCCUCACCACAGGCCGUGUCGUUCAAGACAGAGCCACCUUCUCCAAAGCCUCCCUCUCCCACUUCACAUUCUCCUGCGCCGAGGAGAAACAUUUCCAAGGCUUUUCUCCUCAAGUUGCCGGAGUUCUUGGUCUUUCUCCGGGACAGUUUUCGUUCUGGAGACAAGUGACGACGGCGUUUAACAUCAUCCCCAAGUUCUCUCUCUGCUUGCCUUCCUCGGGCAAUGGUCACUUAUACAUAGGCGGCGCCAAAGGUGGUAAUAACAAGGUUCCGAUGACUUUGACGCCGUUGAAAAACAUAGGCUAUGGAGACUAUUUACUCUCCGUCAAGUCCUUCUACGUUGGUGGAAGCCCUUUAUCGUUGAACCCAAGUUUGCUUGAGGCAGGAGCUAAGCUGAGCACGGUGGUUCCUUACACCGUACUACACACGGAUAUCUACAACGCUCUUGCUCGGUCAUUUACGCAAAAAGCAACGAAAAUAGGAAUGUUUGAGGCCCCAGGACAUGAGCCAUUUACAGACUGCUUUGACGAAGGCGCUUCCACGAGGAACCAGAGGGGACUGAAGAAUGUGCCGGUGAUAGAGAUUGGGCUUCCAGGGAGGGCAGGGGAGGUGAAGUGGAGCUUUCACGGUGAGAAUACGGUGGUGAGAGUUUUAGAGACAGUGAUUUGCUUGGCGUUCAUUGACGGAGGAAAGCAACUAAAGGAGUCUGUGAUCAUUGGGACACAUCAACUUCAAGAUUAUAUGAUUGAUUUCGACUUUAGCACCACGCGUAUGGCUUUUAGUGACUCACUCUUGCUUCAUAACACUAGCUGCUCUACGCGGCAUUCCCACAAAGCCACGAGUCUCUACUACACAAACCUAAACCUCGGAAACAUUAAUCACUCUCCUCUACUCCUCGGUACUGACUCCGUUUCUCUUCUCACCUCGAAACCUAACGCCGUCAAUAACUCCGUCCACUCUCCGUUGACUUUAUCUUGCCCCAUAAACGUUUACACCUUGAGACUCAUGCCAAAGAUUGUAAACGGAACCAUCGGUCUUGGAAACUCGUCGAUGUCACUUCUUUACCAGCUUGCAUCGAUGCACGAAAACCGGAGAAAGUUGUCUCUCUGUUUGCCAUCUAAACCGGCCGGUUUAGGAAGCCUUCACAUUGGAGGAGUCUCUCCUUACACUAACUAUAUCUCCAAGAACAUAGCCUCAACGCCUCUCGUAGUUGACCAAACGACUGGUGGGUACUUCAUCGACGUGAUGUCCAUCGAAAUCGCCGGAAACGUCGUUACUUUUGGUAUGAAAAGGCGUGGAAACGCGAUGAUAUGUACUUUGGCUCCUUACACGGUCUUGCAGGGUACCAUCUACAAGGCUUUGGUUAGGUACUUUGCGAGAGAAGCCAAGAUGUUGAGAGUAGCAAACGUGAAGCCUUUUGAUGCAUGUUUCAGCUCCAAGGGGAUGGGAGUUAAGGCGGUGGUUCCGGUGAUUGAUUUGGUGGUGAAAGGUGGAGCUAAGUGGAGGAUCAAUCGGUGGAACUCGCUGGUUAAGGUAAAGAGAGAUGUGGUUUGUUUAGGGUUUUUGAAUGGAGGUGUGACUAUGAAGACGAUUGAAAUGGUGAUAGGAGGUUUUCAGAUGGAAGAUCAUAUAGUGGAGUUGGAUCUUGAAGCUUCCAAGUUCUCUUUCUCAUCUUCCCUUUUGUUUAACAAUACUUCAUGUGGCAAAACAGAACUUUCUAAAUUUUAA